AUGUUAGACAGGCAGCAGAGUGUCGAUUCGCCAGGAACUGGGCUGGACAGAACCGACUCUCAGCGCACCAUGGUCGGCAGCAAUGGAUCCCAGUACCGCAACCGCCAGCAGUCACAGCAGGAUUUGCCCAGUGGGCUCAACUCGAGCCAAAGCUUUGGCAGCGGUGGCGAUGGCGGCCCUUACAGAGGAAACCAUGCGUUUGGAGGCCGUCCUCAUGGGUAUUCAGCUCAGAACGGCAGUGGCGGGGUGGACGCGGCGGAGAUGGAAAUGGAAGCGGUUGAGGAUAUCCCCACUAUCAGUGCGCGCAUGGUACCGAUGAGUGUGGUAGUUGGGCGCUUGAUAACAUUUGCAUACACAGAGCUGGUCACGCUGGUGGACACCAUGCCCAGCCGGGCCGAGGGAGACCGUCUCAACGAGAUUCUCAAAUACACUGAGCACAUGACAGAUUUACUGACCAAGCUGCUGGUGCUGGUCCGCUGGGCGAAGAACGCGCCGCAAAUCCAAAAAUGCCAAAACGUCAUCGCCUAUCUGGACUUGCAGAACAGAUACUUUGAUUACUCGGUGACAGCAUCUACGCGACAUAUUUGGCAAUGCCCAACCAACGCUGUCGAUAUCCUGACCACGGGCACCUACCAGCGUUUGCCGGCAGCCAUCAAGCGGGCGAGGGAGCCCAUCCCCUUGGCCAUGCGCCAGUACCGGAUUGCCAAUGGCCGCAUCGUCUUCACGGUGCACAAGGAGUUUGAAGCGACGCUGACACUGCUGCAGUUUGACCACAACAUCCCUUGGCAUGUGGUUAACGUGCGGGUCCUCGUGACUGGCGACAAGUCGCUCCCAGAUGAGCACCAGAUUGUAGUCAACGCACGGAAAAUAGUGGACCUGGCGCAGCACCUGCUCAUAGAGUCGAAUCCGGUGCCGGUUGAUACCUCACCGGAGCAGCAGCAAAAACACACGGCCUGCCUGUCUGCACGGCCGCCGCAGCUGGCCCAGCUCUACGAUUUUUUGCAUAGACAGUGCCUGGUCGUGCUGCUGGAGACCAUUGUCAAGCAGGCUGCGGUCCUUCGGCGCACGCGUUGGGAAAACCUGCUGCAAGUCGAAAUGGGCCCGGACCGCUCAGUGCUCACGCUGCGGUACUGGACAUCGCCCAGGGCCGCGUCCUCACUCUAUCCUAGCACUGCUGCCAGUAGGGACGGUGGCAGCACUACUGUGCUGCGGGGAAACUCCAUUGUCUUCCGGCUGUGCUCGCUUCCCAUCCCGCGGCCGAUACACGCCUCAGCGCUGGACGGCCCCGAUGCACUUGAGGCCUCGCCCGCAGACAGUGACGCGACUGUGACAUGGUCGGCAAACUCGGGCCUGGGGACACCAAGGGUGUGGACACGCACAGUUUCUCAGGCCAGCGAGCUGGUGACAAGCCCCUCGACGGAAGACAAUGAGUUGCUUAUGGAGGAUUUUGAUAUGGUUCUCGACCCAGAAGCUGUCAACACAGAAAAAUUGCUUCGACAGGUGACGUGGAGGCACGCGCGGACUAUUCUAAAGGCGUUACACGCUUCGGUCGUGGAGUCUGGUCUAUUCAGCGACAACGCCGUUGAGUUGAUGUACGUGCUGGCAUCGGGCGCAACGAAGGGCGAGAGCGAGCUGACGCGGGAGGAGAUUAGCUUGGGCACUGUUACACCCAGACUUCGCGCGUGGUACCGCCAGGACGAAGGCGCAGUGGAUAUUUUUGUGGACACAUACACCGGCCGGUUGGUCGUGCGCGCGUCCGAGGCUAUUGCCGCUAACACCUCGCUAAGCGAGGCUAUGGUCAGCCAGCUCGCAGAUCAGCUGAAUCGCGGGCCUUGGCGCCUGGCCGAGCUUUUGGUCGACAUGCGCUCAAGUUUGGCGCUGGUGGAUCUGGACAGCCUUGCGUUCCGCUCGCUAGGACUGCGCCCACAGAGCACCCAAGGAUCAAAGGCACCGGGCUGCCCGGGUUUGUACUUUCAGGGAUCUACAGGCGAAUGGAGUUGGCAGGCGCUUCGCACACGCAUGCGCACCACUCUGUCGCUCCCGGUGGCAGCGUUGCUGGGUCAAGGCCGAAUCCAGGCGCUCAAGGCGCGGUACCGCACGCUGGAGGCAUUCAGUGGCAUCGGGUUCGGCGUCUGGAGUGGGGGGCCAGGCUUCUACCAGCCGUCGGUUAUGGCAUCCAACUUCCCUCUCCGCAUAUCGCAACAAGAGGCAGACGCGCUUGUUCGCGAUGUAGCCGGCGUCGACAACCCGCUGAGCCGGAUCCGAUUCUACAAAAUUGAGGGCACAGAGGGCGUCGAGGAGCAGCUGGACAGCAUUGUACCCAAUUCGGCGGCAAUAGGGGCCGGUAAGGGUGAGUGGUACAUAAUGGUCGCCAUGACCGACCGCCUGCGCUUCCGCUUGGUGCUGCUCAACCCGCACCCAAUCGACCAGCUGAUGUUUGUCAUCGGCCAGAUCAUCUCGCUACAGGUUGACCGCCUAUUCUCGUCGGUCGCGCGCAGGCUGAUGGCAGAGAAGCAGCUGGACAGCACCAUCUUUUCACACCCGAAGGCGGGUGCGCCCGGGACCAAGCGCAGCUAUGAGACCAGCUCGCAAGGCGACUUGGAUUUGGAGUCGAAGGCGGAAGCUGCCAAGGGGGAGAGCAGCAGCGAGCGCAAAAUUACCGAAAAGCAUCAAGCUGGACUACCUCAACGCGUUGGCAUCCACAUGCCGCGCGCGCCUCGCACUGCGGCUCUUGCAAACGCAGCUCACGCGGUGGAAAAUACCAUACAGCUUCCGUUGCCCUCGUUCUCGACAUCGCCGCACGGACACCGCGCUGCCGUGUCCAAGGAGCUGUCCGUUGUGGGGUUGGACAGGAUGGGCCUGUACGAGCUUGACGAGCAGGUUCCGACGCUCCUGGGCGUGCUUCCCGACGAGUCGCGACGCAUGGUGUCCAUCCGCAUUGCGUCAGACGAGCUUGACCCGUCGAUGCGCGCUGAUCUGUCGCCGUCCACACGCAGUGCCGGGAAGAGUCCCCCAUUUGCUGAGCGCUCGCGCGCGGCGUACGCGACCAUGUCAAACUCUAUUGCGUCGAAUGGCAUUGGCAGCAGCGGCAUCAAUAUCGGUGGCGGAUCGGGCGCAGGUCGCAGCACGUCUGCAACACACAGCGGGACAAGGCAGUCGUUGAUCGGCCGGCAUGUGGUCCCCUGUCAGGUCAUUGCCUCGAUCCCAGUGGCACUUGACGGCCUGCCAACCCCCGUGGCUCAAGCGUAUGCGGACGCGGUUUACUUUGGCGCUCACGCUGCUGCUGACGGGGGCAAGGGUGGGUACUGUAAGAUGGUGCUUGUCUACAAGCAGGUCAGCCGCGCGCUUCAAUGCCUGAUUCGUGAUUGGUCUGAGCACCAUCUUAUGACACACAUUGGACGGCACAUGUACUCGUGGGAGCAGCAGUCGCUACGGCGUAUGUUGGUGUCGACAACCGCAUUUUACCCGUUUAACGCCGGCCCAUACACCGGUGCUGUGGCCAAUAUCCUGGGAUCGUGGCGCGGCCACCAGUCGACGGAGAUAAUCAUCCGUUGCAUGGGGACAUAUUACCUGUCGAUAUCAUGCCGGGUGCCGUAUCCGUUUGCCAACGAGGACACAGACAAGUCGAUGUAUCCGCCCAACUACGAGGACUCUGGGGGAAGCGACUUGUCGUUCCACCUGACAUUGGCCGAUGUUGAUGUAAAGGCCAACCAGAUUCGCCGCAUCGCGUCCACUUGGCCCUGGGUCUUUGCGCACAACAGCCGGUCCAACCAAGAUACCGCCGAGCGCCCGUGCAGCGAGAGCAGUAUAUCAUCAAAAGACACCGAGGGAGACCAGUGCAAGAAGGCGCGACGCGUAGGCUUUGAAGUGUCCACCAGCUUGUCGCGCUGGCUGCGCACGCUGCAGGCGCGCCUCAACAUGACCGGCGACCCAAUGUCGGUGCUAUCGGUGAUAAUGCAGCUGAUGCCGGUGAACAACAUCCUGGCCGCAAUCUCGCCUCAGGACAACAUUCAGUCGCUGCCGUCCUCGGCGCCCCAGUGCUCGCGCGAGUCCCUGCUUCGCCUCCACUUCAAGGACCUAGUCAGCGGCGAUAAUGAUGAUGGCGAAGUAGAGCCCAAGCCCCAGCCACAGCCCGAGGACUCGUCUCACUUGUUGUUUGACAAACUGGUCUCGUUGGGGCAGAACCUCGGCCCAGUCUUUGACUCGGUCAAGGGCCUCAACGUCGCGUACAUGUACACUGCAUCGGACAAUGUCCGCCUGGUGUUCAACUCACGAUACGUUGUCGAUAUGCGACUAGUCUCCAGCGAUCUGUUCCAUAUCAGUGACGCGGUCGGUGCCGCACGCUCGUUUAACAAGCAGUCGCACCCGGCCUACGCUCGCGCUUCAGCCAUGGCGCCAAAGCCCCUAGUCACAGCGACUACAGAACCGAUCCCGCUGUUUAGUGACUGGCUCGAGGCAAUGUCGCGCGGAAUGAAGUUUGACUGGGCUAAGCUAGAGAAGGGCAUGUCGGCUAUAUUGCGCCAGGAUACGACCAACGCCGAUACGGCGUCUGGGGAUGCUGUGGCGUUCCAGCGCAAUAUGUUCCGGCUGCGGCCCGAUGCCUCGAAGAGCGAGCAGAUGCUGUUCAGGCUUCGCGAGCUCCACAACAAGCAGAACUCGGCCAAGUUUCCGAUCUUGGUGCCGCUUGCGCCCUCAGCCAUGCUGUGCUCGCACCUUCACCUUGUGGCUGUCAUCCGGUCGCUGAUGCAGUGGCUUGUGCAGUCCGUACACCUGCGCGACCAGAUAGAAUCGGCCAUCUCGCGCACACAGGACAUUAUCGAGCAAAAAACAUCGCUAGUGGCGCCCAAGGAUAUGCUGGAUGCUCUCGACCCGCAUGGUUGUGUCAAGGAGAGGCUGGUCGUCAACGACGAUAUGGACGGCAGGGCGGACCGGUCAGACUCUUCCAGUGGCGGCAGCGAUAACAGACAGGUCAUGAUCGUCGGCUUUACGGGCGCCCGUGAGUCUGUGCGCUGCGAGUUUUUGAUGCGUGCAGGUCUCGACAGCAUGGAUGUCGAGGUACAGAAGGUCGCGGCAGCCAUUGCCAGCAUCGAUGACGGCGACGAGGACAUAAUGUCGGUCGUGAGCGACCUGUACAUGAUCCCGACUAACUUGAUGCAAGUCGACCUCGAUGUUCGCAUUGUGCCAAUGAACCGCCCGCCGAACGGCAUCACUGAUGCGGCUGCAGCGUAUCUGGUCAGUGCAUUCAAGGCGCAGACCUCGAGCAACCGCCACCGUGCUGGCGUGCUUGUGCGUAUCCUGGCUCUGCCGCCGCAGCUGGUCAUGGACACCGUGGAUAUUGCCAAGAAGCUCGAGGGCAAGGUUAAGAUCUGUGCUCUGCAAGAUGGCCUCGAGCAUGACAUUCGCCUGGAUGCCAAUCAAUCCAAGAUCGGCCAGUGGCAGCGUCUGUUCAUUCAGUAUGCCUUGCUCACUGGCACGGCGCAAGUUGUGUGGGCCAUUGAUCCGAGCAUUAUCAGCGAGGCCAAGUUGGGUGGCAGUGUGUUUUUUAUGAAACGACCGGAAGCCAUGAUCAAUGUGUGGAACAAGUUGGUGGACAACGUCGUUGCCAAGCUGGACAGCGAGACGGUGUUUACGCGCGACAUGGGCAAGUCGGGCAAGUCGCGGUGGUACGACAUUGUCGCCGCGCUCUACGAGGCGCAGCAUUCUUCGCUGUCAGACUCCAACACGACCUAG